AUGUCUGUGGUAAUACCUAUUCAUGGUCAUAUCGACUUCAACGAAUACAAGCUCAGAUGUGAACUUCGUGGCCACGAUGAUGAUGCGCUUCAGCAAUUCGUGAGCUACCUCCGGAGCAAUUUUGCCGACAAGGUUUGUACUUGGGAAGACAGAAGAAGCUGGGGAAAAUAUCCAUUUGGUGAUUACAUUGCUUACAACAAUGCUCCAUUUACACUGACUGAAGUGAAGCGUCUGUGGCGACAAAAAAGCUGCCUGAAGAAAUACGGAAAGCGGCUUGUAAUGAGAUUGGACGAUUUUGAGAAGCCAACCAAGACUAACGUCUUAUGCAGCAAUUGGAAGAAAUGGGAAGAGCCUAUUAUAUGGUUUCAAGGCAUAACAGAUGCAGUGGCAGCUCAGUUUUUCCAUACGAAUUCAUCCAUUAGCUUCUGUCCACGUGAUUCAGUCCAUCCGUUUAUCUCUAUGGCUAUCAUGCAACAAUGCAUUUCAAUUUUUGGGUUGCCAUUAGGAUACUGA